AUGGUGGUGUUGGUGUUGGUGUUGGUGAUCGAGGCCCUUUCCGACCUUGUGGGCGACCGAUUGCAAGUUUACGCGUACGAGACGGAGCACCAGCUGCGCAGCGAUGAGACUGUGGCCCACAACCUCUUGCAGCGUUUUGAGCGCGCCGUCGAGACUCGCAGCACGGCCGAGGAUGACGAUGAACUACAGCGCUACACCCAGGCAGACGUAAACAGUGUGCGUCAGCGGCUCGAAGAAGCCCUCCGCGACGCCUUACGCGCCCUGGCUCGUCGACAACGCCAACGCGCUCGCGAACGACUUUUGGCCCCGACCGGCUCCGCAGCAGCCGCAACAGCCACACCAGAGUAUGCAUUCGGUCUCGCCUGUCAACCACACGAGCCCCUCCAAUCUAGGCGGGUCCUUCUGCCUCCGCCUUCUCGCAACCUGUUGAUCCAUCAUCAUGGCCUGCGCGUUCAUCCGCCACGCAGGGACGGGGAGGCCAUGCUGCGCUCCAAGUUAGCAAGGGCUCAGGCCAUGAUGGGCGCACACCUGGAAGCCGACCAGGCAACUCACGAACAUGUGGCCGUCGCCAACGAAGCCCUCGCAAGCAUCAACGCCACCCUUGGCAUCGUCGUCGGCAGCACCAAAAGCAGUGCCAAACUAUCGCAUCAGUUGCAGCACGAACACCGCAAGAACCAGCUCUACAUCUUUGCCGGCUUUUCCAUCUUCCUCCUCACCAUCAUGUACAUUCUCUUCAAACGCCUUUCCUUUGUCGCUCUGCUCGGAGCCCUCGCCAUUGCUCUAUUACUCCUCGUUUAUGUUUACAUCUAUCUGCUCUGCUUUCGCGCACGGCGCUGA